UGCUCUGUCCUGGAUUCGCCGCUGAUGGUAUGUCUUGUCCGGACCGUACAUGGCAAACCCAUAUAGACAUGAUCUAUUUUGGAUCAUAUAAUAUUUGAUCUAGUCUCUAGUAUGUUCUCCAAUUUCUCGGUUCGGAUGGUAAACCAUAUAUAUAGUAUGAUAUGAACCAGACCGCGCCAUUUUCAAACCCCGAUAUUAACAAUGCUUGUUUGUUGGAGAAUUUAUGAUUAUCUCUGUGAUUGUGAGAGGAGCGGGUUGUAUAAUGUUUCUUUUUGUGGCUAUGAACCCCGUAAUUGACAUUUGUAGGGAUCAUGGAUACUAUGGAUGCAAAGGCGUGAGCCGAGAGGAAUCUUCCGAUAGAUUCUGUCAUUGCUAGAUUCUAUUAUGGGUAGUAGUCUUUAGUUAUUAGUAGAGAUUAGGGCUGUCAAAACGGUUUCGGGUUUUCAGUUUAACUCUCAAUAGUGACUAGCUUUGGAUCUGCCCCGUUGGUCGUCAUUAAUUUAGUUAUCGAUUCGUGAAGUGGAAGGAGGAGCGAGAGUGAGAGAAUGUAUAUAUCCAGAGAAUAGAUUAUAUAUGGAAGAGAGAGUAAGGCACCAUCGGCUUCUCGUCCUAAACGUGGAGGACGCCUACACCGUCUACACCAUCAUCUUAUACCUACUUUUUCGCCUACACCAUCUACUCGUACCACCAAUGUACCUCCUGCUCAAAUAACAGAUGAGGGGACACUUCAAAAAAAAUCUGGCGUUUGGCCACACUUCAAGCGUUUUAAGAAGGAUGGAGUGGACAAAGCUCGAUGCAUUUACUUGCUACCACUAGAUUUGGGACUUCUACUCUACGGAAUCACAAAAAUAGUUGCCUGACGAAGAUAGAAAAGGGUGAGCUGAUUGUCGACCAUCUGUCAUUUUCUGAAGGUCAGGUACACACUCUUGGCACUUGGAAAUUCGAUCAGAUUGAUGCUAGGCGGGCUUUAGCUUAGAUGAUUAUCAUAGAUGAGCUACCAUUUAGGUACGUUGAACAUGAAGGGUUCAAACGUUUUAUGUCUCGUGUUUGCCCCAUGUUUGUGUUAUUUAGCCAUCAAACAGUUAGAGAGGAUUGUAUAAAGGUGUUCUUUGAAAAUAGAGACUUGUUAAAAGACUAUUUCAAGACUAAGUGUGUAGGGAUGGUGUCGCUCACCACUGAUACUUGGAAUUCUUUGUCCAAUCUCAACUACAUGUGCAUUACUGCUCAUUUCAUUGGUAGAGAUUGGAGGUUGUAUAAAAGAAUUAUCAAAUUUGUCCAAGUAACAAAAUAUUGUGGAAAUGAAAUUGAAAAACCGUUGGCUAGUUGUUUGGUGGAGUGGGGCAUUAGGAAUGUGUUUUGUAUCACAAUGGAUAAUGCUAGCGUUAAUGAUGUGGUUGCUAUCCAUAUGAGGCAACAGUUGAAAGAGUGGGGAUCAGAUAUUUUGGAUGGAAAGUAUCUGCAUAUGAGGUGUGUGGCUCACAUUAUUAAUUUGGAUGUGAAUGAUGGGCUUAAAGAAACUGGUGUAUCUGUGGAGCGAGUGAGAGAGUCGGUGAGGUGGGUUAGAGCUACACCUGCUAGGAGUAGAAAAUUCAAAGAUUGCAUUGAGUUUGAAAAGAUAGUGUCGAAGAAAUUUGUGUCUUUGGAUGUAGCUACAAGGUGGAACUCUACAUAUCUUAUGUUGGAAUCUGCCAAACCAUUUGAGAAGGCAUUCCAAACAUUGGCCAGAAAUGAGAAGAAAUUCAAGAAACAUCUCACUGAAAAGAAAUAUAGAAAUGUAAGCCUUGGUAUCCCAACUUCUGAUGAUUGGUCAAGUGUAGGACGGUUUAUUACUUACCUGAAGCUCUUCUAUAAUUUGACAGUUCGAGUUUCUGGGACUUCAUAUGUGACUUUACACCUCUUGUUUGAUGAGAUAUGUGAGUUGCAUAAUAUGAUUUCUGAGUGGGCUGAUAGUAUGGAUAUUGAGGUGUGUUGCAUGGCUGAAAGAAUCAAGUACAAACUUGCCAAGUAUUUGUUUGAAGAAGACUUAGAAAAUUCAAAGCUGAAUCGGUUGUGCUAUAUGGCAGUCAUAUUGGAUCCUAGGCGCAAAGUUGAUAAUCUUGAAGAAGUUUUGAAGAAGGUAUAUGGUGAUAUCAGGGGGAAAGCUUUGGUCGAAGAGGUGAAAGAUGAAAUGCGUGUUCUGUUUGACCAUUACAAGCAUAGGCUCGGACUUCAUGGUAGUUCUCCCAUUGUGAUUCCAGAAGAUGAACAAGAACCUAGUUGAAGUGGGGAUGGAAAGAAGAAAGUGAAGUUUUGGGUUGAUUUCAGGAAAAAGAAAAGAGAGAUCAUUCUGAAUGGAACUAGAAAAAGUUCCAAAUUUGAGUUUGAUAGAUACCUUGAGGAGGAGGAGGACGAUGAGGAAGUUACACGAGCAAUGGUGGGUUCUGAAGAUGAUAAGUACAAGUUUGAUAUCUUGGGAUAGUGGUCGAGAAGUGGGAUGAAAUAUCCUUCUAUUUCUGAGAUGGCUAGGGAUAUUCUCGCUGUUCCUAGUUCCACUGUUGCUUCUGAGUCGGCAUUCAGCACAGGAGGUCGAGUUUUAGAUUCUUUUAGGACCUCCUUAUCCCAUGAAGUUGUGGAGGCUUUGAUUUGCUAUGAAGAUUGGAUAAGAUCUUCCGACUCUAACUUGGUGGUUGAUGGAGAAGAUGAGGGUGAUGAAGUUGUAUUUCAAAAUGGUAUGGACUUAAUCUUUCUCUUCAUUCUUAUGUGUAUUCUUAUAUUUGUCAUUGUAAUCAAAUGAUACUCUCACAAGUUAUUACUGUUUAUGUUAUUCAGUAUUUGCAACUUUUCAAGCUCGAAGUGCAAGUGCAUCUGCAGAACCUAGUGGAAGCUCACAUUCUGCCCAUGUUCUGAUCUCGAGUCCUACCGGGUAGGGGUGGGCAUUCGGUCGGUUCGGUUUCGACCGAACCGAAAUUAUGAAUACCAGGUCCCCGAAUUCUCCCAAACCUCAAACCGAAUUCGAACCGAAUUAUAAUUCGGUUCGGUCAGUUUAAACCGAAUUAUAAUUCGGUUCGAUUUUUAACACAAAACCGAAUUUAUGAGGCUACUUGUAUCUUCUCACUUUUAAAUUAUUUUUCACCCCUAAUAUAAACAAUAAAUAUGCAUCAUCAAUGAUAAAAUCAAACAUUUCAACACAUAAGUCAUAAAUAUUUCAAAUAUAUAAGUAUAAAAACAACUACAAACAUAAAAAUCCACCAUUUGGAGGUUGCAAUUAUAAUAUUUUGAUUUUUCGGUCGAAAAUUCAGAAAUUUGGUUCGGUUGAAAGAACCCUGGUUUUCGAAAUAUCCAUAUUUUUCUUUCGAAUUCUGAACCGAAUAGCAUUAUUUCGAUUUCGAUUCGGUUUGGGUUUACCGAACCGUUUGUCCACCCCUACUACUGGGUCACAAGUUGAAGAAGAUUAUUUUGAUGAUGAUUCUGAUGGGAAUGAUGAGACUUAGGUGGAUGUAGAGUCUGAAUGGGUGGAGUGAUAAUGGUAGUGAUGUUUAUCUUGUUUAGGAUGUUAUUAGUCUUAUUAACAUUGUUACCUAAAGUUGACAUUGUGGAUGUUAUUAUUCUUAAAUUUAUUAGUACUACUGGAACGAUUUGGUUGCUAGUUGUCCUGGGUGAUUUUGCAGAACCCUUCAGCCGAGUAAAUCUGGAUGAAAACAAUUAUUGAGAGCCUAGUCAAGCAUAUGAAAACCCAGAAACAGAUGAUUGUGUUCUUUUUUUGUAAAAUAAAAAUCAUUUCGCGAAUACAAAUUGUAUAAAUAU